AUGCGAGUGGGAAGCCGGGAACAACUGGAUUUUAUCGACAGCAGUUCAGGGGAAAUGGAUUGUGUUUAUUGGCAGCAUUUGGAUGAAAUGGAUUUAUGCAGCACUGCUGAAGUUAUCGGCAGCAGUUCAGGGGAAACAAAAGGAAUGAAAAAACAUCUAAGAAAGAUCAUUUCAGAGUAUGAAUCCCUGGAUUUGGACAUGCCAUGCACAAGAAAAUUUCAAAAGCCUCCUGCAGCUCAGCCACUAACAAUCUGCAUGGAAUGUAUGCCCGAGAAAAAAAUCAGUCAUGAAGACAUUUUUAAUGCGAUUAAUCGAGUCCUUCCAAAGGCCAUGGAGAAAGAAAGAGUUCUCAAUAUUCUGUUUGAGAAUAUAAAUGUUAUCUGUGGAACAGCAGGACGUAAAAACAGGUGGUUGAUUGCAGUGUCUGACUUUGAGACAAGAAACUUAUUUUUAAACUCAGGUCUUGUUGUCAAGGAUGAAUUCUUCCCUCUGCGUUGUUACGAUGAUGUAGUCAUGGAAGAAUACAAGCUCCAGCUUCAAAGAGCUAUGGCCAGAAAAAAAAUCCUUGAUACCUUAAGUGGCACUGCUGACCCAGACAUGCUCAGCAGUAAAAAGUAAAAAAGUGUCUCUUUGGCUUUUUCAAAAUAAAGUCUGUUACCUAUCAUAUCCUUUCUUUCAUGAUGAGUCAGACUUC